UUUUCAGUCUUACCAACCCCAAACUUUCGACUGCUGUUGUAUGAUACAACUGAACAUUCAACAAUUUUGGUCACUGAGCAUGGACGUUAAUUACCCACAAAAAUGAGCCAUUGAUAAAGUGACAUAAUAUAGAGAGUUUUGUUAAGUUAGGUCAAGCCUACUGUCGUUAUGCUGAGAGUGCUUAAUGCUGAACUCUAUUGAGAACAGGUUUAAAGGCUGUGAAUGCCUUCUGCUGAGGCAGGCCAUCUCACUGGCAUCUCUUUGCAGGGCCGCUUUCCUUUGUGUCACCCUACAAUGGUGGCACGAGAGCGCAACUGUCGCCCAAUACUCAUUGUUCAUCAGCCAAUGGGAGCAGUCCAAAUAGAAGACUGUAGCAUUUUGUGUAUGUAUGUGUAUGUAUGCAGGUGUGUUUGUGUGUAGGUGUUUGUGCACGUAAAAGGAGUGUGUUCACACGUUGUCUUUUUCUUCUAACCCUGGUUUCUACUCCCUGACCGCAUGAAAGUUGCGUCAUUUAGCAAGAGAGCCAAUCAGACAUCAGCUCUUUGAAUUUAUGCCAGGGAUUUUUGGCUUGCAAGACUUAAGUUGUGGUGGCAAAAGCCAGUGUUUUCAAUCCCUAAAAAAAACACUGUCCCAGAGAGUCAAGAUGCCCUAUACGCCGUCUGGUUUCUUUUGCGACCGGUUAAUCCGGGAGAGAGAGAGAAGGGAUGGUGAAGGGUCCCUGAGCAAACCCCUCCGUUUCAGCGACCAGGACUACAACACCCUCAAGCAGGAGUAUCUCCAGAAAAAGACCCUUUUUGAGGAUGAAACCUUCCCUGCCACUGUGGACUCCCUUGGCUACAAAGAGCUGGGCCACAAGUCUAACAAAGUCAAGAACAUCAUCUGGAAGCGUCCCAAGGAGAUAUGUGAAAACCCACAGUUCAUUGUCGGAGGCGCUAGCAGGACAGAUAUCUGCCAGGGAGACCUGGGAGACUGCUGGUUGCUUGCUGCCAUUGCGUGUCUGACUCUAAACGACAAGCUGCUAUAUCGAGUUAUACCUCAAGAUCAGAGCUUCUCUGAAGGCUAUGCCGGAAUUUUCCAUUUCCAGUUCUGGCGUUAUGGUGACUGGGUGGAUGUUGUUGUUGAUGACCGCAUUCCCACCUUCAACAACCAGCUGGUGUUCACCAAGUCAGCUGAAAGGAAUGAAUUCUGGAGUGCUCUUCUGGAAAAAGCUUAUGCUAAGCUUCAUGGUUCCUAUGAGGCUCUUAAGGGUGGAAACACUGCAGAGGGAAUGGAGGACUUCACCGGUGGAGUGACUGAAUUCUAUGAGAUGAAGGAGGCACCUAAAGAGCUGUAUAAGAUCAUGAAGAAAGCUCUGGAGAGAGGCUCCCUCAUGGGCUGCUCCAUUGAUUCCCUGGUUCCAGCCCGCUUUGAAACUCGUACCACAACAGGUCUUGUGAAGGGUCAUGCCUACUCUGUUACUGCUGUAGAGGAGUGUAAACAGUCUCAGCAGAAGGAGUCUAAAGUGCGUCUGGUGCGUCUGCGUAACCCCUGGGGUCAGGUUGAAUGGAACGGACCUUGGAGUGAUAAUUCAAAAGAGUGGGAAACCAUCUCAAAAACUGAAAAAGAGAAACUCCAGCAUCAGAAUGCUGAAGAUGGAGAAUUCUGGAUGUCAUUUGAGGAUUUUAAGAAAAAUUACACUAAAAUAGAGAUUUGCAACCUGACCCCUGAUGCUCUGGAGGAUGACAAGUUACACAAAUGGACGGUGUCUGUUAAUGAGGGACGCUGGGUAAGAGGAUGCUCUGCUGGAGGAUGCAGGAAUUAUCCAGACACAUUCUGGACAAAUCCACAAUACCGCCUGCGUCUCCUGGAGGAAGAUGAUGACCCGGAGGAUAAUGAAGUAGCUUGCACUUUUGUUGUUGCUCUAAUGCAGAAAAACAGACGUAGAGAACGCAAGUUGGGUGCAAAUCUCUUCACUAUCGGAUUUUCCAUCUAUGAGGUGCCAAAGGAGAUGCAUGGAAACAAGCAGCACAUGCAGAAGGAGUUCUUCAUGUCUAACUCCUCUAAAGCCCGUUCCAGAGCUUACAUUAACCUGCGAGAGGUGACCCAGCGUUUCCGUCUGAGUCCUGGGGAGUAUGUCAUCAUUCCCUCCACCUACGAGCCCCACCAGGAAGGCGACUUCAUCCUCCGUGUCUUCUCUGAAAAGAGAAAUACCUCUGAGGAGAUAGAGAACAGGAUUGAAGCUGAUCAUCCAGUGCCGGCUCCAGCUUCAACUGGGGAAGAGAGUGAGGAGGAUCAGCAGUUCCUGUCCAUUUUCCAGCAGAUCGCGGGGGACGUGAGUACUGGGGAGCCACUGAGCGCUGGGGGGAGUCAAAUGGAGAUCUCAGCCAAUGAACUCAAAGAUGUCUUGAACAAGGUGGUGUCUAAAUACAAGGACAUACACACUGAAGGCUUCAGUCGAGAGAGCUGUAGAAGCAUGAUCGCCCUCAUGGAUAUGGAUGGAACCGGAAGACUUAACCUGCAAGAGUUUAGACACUUGUGGAACAAAAUCAAACAUUGGCAGGAAAUCUUUAAGCGCUAUGACUUUGAUCAUAUUGGCACUAUCAGCAGCUAUGAGAUGAGAAACGCCAUCAAUGAUGCAGUCACGUGUUUUGUGUCCCACUCAGGGUUCCGUCUGAAUAACCAGCUGUAUGACAUCGUCAUCAUACGCUAUGCCAAUGAAAACAUGAACGUCGACUUUGACAGUUUUGUUAGCUGUCUUGUGCGACUGGAGGGGAUGUUCAGAGCAUUCCAUGCCUUUGAUCAAUGUGGAGAUGGCACUAUCAGACUUAAUGUACUGGAGUGGCUCCAGCUAACCAUGUAUGCCUAGACCAGCUACAGAUCCAGGCGAGCCCAGACUCGGCAAGGACCAGAACUACCAGCUCUUACCUCAACACUCAAUGUGCCAGACUACUGUUACCUCUUUCUCUGUACCUCAGCCCACAUUGAACACCAGCUCUAGAAACUUUACAUGAUUACUCCUCUUUAUUUCAGUUUUAUAAGGGAGGGUAAGAUGGGUGAAAUGAGUAAUAGUGUUAUAGACAGAUGUCACUUUUUUAGUCAGAUUGCGGAGGAAACGUUUUCAGGGGCGUUGUGCGCAAGCGACUUUUGAGGCACGUCAUUGUCUAAAUUUUAGCAAGGUUUCUGGUUUUCUGUCGUAAUUUGUUCCUCAAAGUCAUCAUGAACAUUUAGUUUGUCUACACUGGUGCUACAGACAGUAUUUUUCUUUUACCUCAACCAGCCUCAAAAGAUGCUUAUCACGAUGCUGCGAUUUCUCUUUGCCAUAUGCUAAUGGACCUAAUAUAUAACUGAUUAUCUAAUAUUAUAUAAAACUAUAACACUAGAUUCAGACAAGAACAAGCAGAUUUGGAUAUACACUGCCUGAAAAAAAGGUCGCUGUUUGGACUUAAAUAGGCAAAUGCUUAAGAGUCUAGCAAGUUAUAUAUUUGUCAACAGUUCUUCUAACCCUAAGUGAUGGAGUGUGUAGCUUUUCAUUUCUUAAACAACCCUGUAGAAAGACACAUCAUGACCAUAUACCAGGAUGACAAAGGCAAAAUUCAUCAGGCUCAAAUUGUGAAAGAAUGGUUCAGAGAGCAUGAAGAAUAAUUUUCACACAUGAAUUGGCACCUCUGAGUCCAGACCUUAAAUUUAUUGAGUCUUUAGAAUGUGCUGGAGGAGACUUUACAGAGUGCUCACCUCUUGUAUUGUCAAUACAAUAUCUUGCCCAAAAAUUGAUGUGCCUCUUGGUGGAAAUAACAUCACACCAACACCCUGACGGAAGGCAAAAUCAGCCGCAAUGCGUAGGUGUGCAGACUGUGUACGUGUCACCUUUUUUAAUAUUUUGCCAUGAUGAAAUAAAGGCUUUAAAAAAAUAAAUAAAAAAAAAGUAUUUCUAUAUGAUUCGAGUGCCUUGGACCAUUCUUAAUUUAACAUCACAUUUAUUUCCAUCAAGAAGUACAUCAAUUUUUUGGUCAAGAUAUUGUAUUCUUCAUGCUCCCUCCCCCUUCUUUUACAAUUUGAGCCUGAUGAAUCUUGACAUUGUCAUCCUGGAAUAUGGCCAUGAUGUGUCUUUCUACAUGGUUGUUUAAGAAAUGAAAAGCUACACACUCCAUCAAUUAGGGUUAGAAGAACUGUUGGCAAACAUAUAACAUGCUAGAAACAUAAUUACAGCAAUAAUGAUCCAGUCAUAGAUUAAGCAUUUGCCUAUUUAUAUCCAAACAGUGGCUGGGCAGUGUAUAAUUCUUGACAAUUUUGUGUAUUGAGUACACAGUGCCUUACAAGUGAUGAGGAAGAAUUACUUCAAAUCCAAUCUGACCAUUCACACUGAAAUGCAAUCCAGAUUUGAUUCCAAUUUCACACCACAUAUGGAUGUGGUUCAGAUUAGGUUUGUGAACAUUGGGUUUCAUGUGAGCUCAGACUACAAAAAACAAACUUUUUGGAUACGCCAACAAAUCAGACUUUGUCUGAACAAAGUCUCAUCUUGAUGGUUGCCUUAGCAUUACUUGUUUCUCUUCUCAUAUCCUUUUUGCUAUGUGACAUUUGCUUCUCAGACACAUGGAAACUCUUCAUCAUACUACCACUCUCUCUGAUUCAUUCUUAAAUAAUGUCUUUCCAUAUUUACCCAGAUGUACUCUUACAUUCAUCCCAUCUUCACAUUUUGUUCCCAUUUGGUAAUAUCAAAAUCCAUUAAAAACACAAAGCAGGGCCAUGUAGAUGGUGUCUAUUGUUUCAAAUCCUGGUUGUUUAUGGAGACAUUUUUGUUUUGCAAGUUAACAUAAUAGGAAUUGAAAAACAUGAAGAACCAGGUGAGGAAAAAUCAUCACCAAAAACCACUGGAGGAGAAUCAUCAGGGAACAUCUCAGAACUCAUGAUGGAUGGCAGCAUUCAGGGUCUUUAUUUCAUUAUUGUGGGCAAAGACAUGGGUCGAACCUAGGCUUUUUCUUGUUUUUGUGCUUGACCCCCAUUUUACCAUUUGUUCAAAUGAGUGUACUGACUUCACCCGUUUAACAAAAUAAAUAAUUGUGUAGUUCUUGGUUGAAGUGCCUUCCCAAGAAAGAAAAA